UUGCAAAGUCUGGACGCACGAAAGGACUUGUGACGGAGAUGUUUAUACCGAGAUUGCAACUCCGGUCUCCGAUGCGGCGGCUCAACGGUGCCACUGGGUGCAGAUCGCCUUGGGGGAACAGAAGCAAAAAACGAGCGCCACCAUCACAGUGAGACAUAGCAAUAUUUAUUAGAUUUUUCCGUCGCCGCCUCUUCCCUGGUGCAAAUCCGCCAAUCGACCCCUGGGACACCACCAACGAGGCGUUUCCGAAAAGAGCAGGUGCCGCACCGGUCGUCGGGAUGUACGUGCUGCUUGCAAAUGAAGCUCGGUCCAACGCGGAAAAAUGUACAACGACCCGAGGAGGCGACGAAGUGUUUUGCGCGUCUACCAGCACCGGCGCGGACGACAAGGGGCCUGCUUGCCCCAGUGGCGACGCAUUUGAGAUUUGCGAACGCAUGAAGUACGCUGAUGGUGCGGGAUACGAGCGGUUUCAACACCAACCGGGCACCGGGUGCGACAGCCGCACGGCCACCAUUCAGUGCCAGAACAAAGUCGGACGCUAUGUAGUAAUCGACCUACCGGUUCUUGCCAGUGAGACCGACACUGGUCGGGUGAUCCGCCUGAAGGAGGUGAGCGUUUUCGGCAGCGCUACGACAACGUUGACAACUGCGCCGGCUGCGUCUGCGGAUGAUGGAGACCCGGACGCAGCGUCUGCGGAUGACGCGGUCGAAGACUCCGGUACUAGCAGGUUGUCCCUCGAGUUUUCCGCGCGAGGUUCGAUCUGGCUGUGGAUGGUUUUUCUCGGUCUUUGGUAAGUUCAAGAUUUCUGUUGAUAUCAUGAGGUGCGGAUGUGUAUAUUACAUACACACUACUCCUGCCUGUUUGCAUCGGUAGCCCUGGCUCUACUCGAGCCUGUUUCGUCCAGGAUAACGCGGCCUGGCGGCAGAGCCGCGGACCUUAAACCUUGAACCUUGAACCGUGUAUCUAUAUCUAUAUAUAACUUCUGUCUUUAGCUCACUUUGUUUACAACUCUCGAACCUCUAAAAAAACAUUCACACAUUAUACAUAGAUAUAUAAUUUUUGUCUUCUGUUAAAAAAAAUUUUGAAGAAUAUGAUCAUAUUUGCGAACAACGUUCCCGUUCUCGUGGCGAUCAGCCGGACCCAAGUUAUGAUUACCUCGUCGUGUAAAUUUCUUUUUCAAGAAUUUGGAGAAGAGAACUAGACCGAGGUCAAGAGCAUGAGCACUCACUGACUUUGUGAAAUUGAAGAAAACGCUUUGGCAACAACUUACUAACUCCAAGAGAUGAAGAAAAUUCAUUUUUUUGGGAUGACAAUGCGUAAACGUACCAACCGGAUUGAUCAGGAGCGAAACGCAAAGAAUGUAUUGAUAUCAUUCCACUUGAGUUUCAUUAUUCCAGCACAUCCACUACCACUUGAAUUUCAUCUACAACAUCUGUGGUUGGUGCCACAUGUUCUUGCGUCUGUGUGCAGCGCACUCCCAACAUUGAGAAGUCGUGUUUAAGCAAGUCGUUACCAAGAAGUGAUGGUGUAUCGCGCGUUUUUUAUAUGAUAUUCUUAGUUACUGCAUCGUCGUUGUAUCGCCUCGGCGCCUCGGUUUUUUCUCGUCGCUAUGUAUAUUCUAGGUUUUGUAUAGCCGCCUCUUAAAGUUACUUCGUGACCUACUUUCAUCAAAACAACCCACAACCAAACUCUCACCCUUAUAGAAGGUACAACAACAACAGCAACAACAACAACACCACGAAGCUAACGCCAGACGCCUGCUGCCUCAGCGACUUGAUUGAAGUCCUCUCUACAUUCUAACUCCUUCGAAAUACUGGCCUUGGAAAGUCCUACGCUCAUCUUAUUAUUUGUUGGCUGUGAAGUGCAAUGUUUCCUAUGCCCAGCAGUUCUGGAGCCAUGCACCUGCAAGAUCGCAAGCCAGAGAACUUCUAAGAACAGGCUGAAUUAACUUCGAAAAAUCAUGGCAAUUGCUCAUUCUUCAAUAUCAACAAGUGCUGGAUCUUCUCGGACAAUAUCAGUUAGAUUGACGCUC